AUGAAUACUCUCGCGAGGAUAACCAUCCCAGCUCAAAACGCACGCUCUUCGCCAUUAUUGCGUCUUCCAGCUGAGCUACGCAAGCAAAUCUGGCAGCAUGUAUACGGAAACGCUCGCAUCCGCGUCAGCCUUCCGUCGCACAACAAACGCGCCGAGGCCAGCCACGUGGAUCUGAAAUACACGAUGUGGGAAGACGUCUUCUAUCCACUUACAGAAAUGCUCCCACGGCUCCAGCUCCCUCGGACAGCAUGCAAGCAAUUCUAUUCCGAAGCCACUGCAGCACUCUACGCAUCGAGCACCUUUGAAUUCGACAGCCCGCACACCUUCCGCGCCUUUGCCCUCUCGCCGCACCCCUGCGUAUCCCAGAUCCAAAAACUGAGUAUCCCUCGCUUAGAACACGACUGGGAAAAAGCCCUCACCGCGUCCCUGAUCGGAAGGCUCAAGAGCCUGCGCGGCGUGCAACUUGCCCACACCUACCUGCACUGCAGGGCAACUCACCCCCUUCCCCACGCCGGCCGCGACGAAUGGAAACGCUACUGGCGCAUGAUCCGCUCGUUCCAGCAGCACAAGCUGGAGCCCCACAUAACCGCAUUCAGGCUCAUGGUUCUCAACGUGUUCAAGCAGAACCUACUAGCGGGCGAGCAGCUUCCCAGGGACAUCCUGGAGCUGAAGCCAGAAGAAGCGCAGUAUCAGAACGCGCUGCGGUUGCAGGCUGAUUUCAAAGCGGCCUUGUUACACUACACGCCGCGGCGGCUGUCGAGACGAGCCGCUGGAGCUAGCUGA